CAGCGACAAUCGCCGCCAGUCUGUCAACAACGUGCCGCCCUGUCCCCAGAGAACCAUCGAAGAAGGCUCCCAUGGCACCAACUGGAGAUCGUCUCAACGAGUCAGAUCUGCAGCUACACCAUCUCGCAGAGACUAGCAACCAGUUAGAGACAUCGUCGUCGUCGUCGGCUGCUACAUGGAUGGGGAACAUCAGUAGUGCCAGCAGCAGCGCCGUGGCAUCAUCCACCAAGGAUCCCACCGAUCGGAUCAAGAUUUGGAAGAAACAAAUCCACGAUUACAUUCAAGCGUCGGGUAGCACGUACGACCGGAGCGACCUCGCCCGUCGCAUCGUGCCCUUGGCGGUAUGUUACGCGAUGUCGACCAGUCAUAUCAGUCACCAUUCUUUGAGUGCAGAGACCCGUGGCGGCCAUUCUCGUGCAUGUUCAUCCUCUGGCCGUGCAGGAAGGCUUUGAGUUCAUCACGAGUGUCGUGACAGAAGUGGGCCUGCCUCAUAUCCGCCCGCUGCUCGUCGCGGUGAUCACGUCACUCAUUCACGACACGAAAUGUUCCCAGAGUCAGUGCAUCGCGUCGGUGGCGCGGUUCGCCAUCUUCGACGUCACAUGCAUCGCCGAGUGCUUUGUGCCUCACAUUGCCUUGGACGGUCGUAUGCGGCAAAUGUAUUACCAUGUCCUUCGCACAGUUGUGGACGGUCCGUCCGCACUCCUGCUCAUGGAAAUGGAUCAGUAUGACAUGCUUCUCCACGUGAUACUGGAAUGUCUCGAGCACUUUCGCGAUCCGUUGCGCCAACAGAUGGCAGUUGUUAUGCAAGUUGCUCUCGACCACGAACAUCUGCUUGUGCUGUGGCGUUCGCACUGGGAUGUUGCUACGAAACGCCGGUAUGUGGCUGCGAUGCCAGAUAGCCGCCGCCUUGCCAAGCUGUGGGCUCGUGACACGUACCGGUUACCCCCUCCAACAUCAUCCUCGAGGCAGCAACUAGCUAAGAAACGUCGAGCCCAAGAACGACUUCCACUACGACGACACUUUUCCGAGAUUGGAAAGAAAGCCCUCGACGAGUCGGACCUGUUGUCGUCCAUCCAUCAUGACGACGACGACGGCAACGAUGUGAGACACUCGACCAACGAAGACACCAUCGACCAGAUCAACUCAACCAAGCACAUGACCACGAUUCAGAACGACCUAUACGACGAAGUGCACAGGGUUAGUCGCCCAAGAACAUCGUCCAAUCCGCUCCCAUCCCAACCUCGAAAACCCAAGCAGCAGCAGCAUUCCCCUCUGCAACGAGCCACUGCAUCCUUCACUUCUGCCCCCCCCCCUCCAUCGUCACCUUCGCCAUCAUCUUCCCCCCCUGUCGUCCCCCGUCCGUCAUGUCCGCCAUAUUCGUGGAGCGUACAACGGACAUGGACGCAGUUCUACAACAUGGGGGGACUCAUGUGGAUGCUCGUGAUGGCUAGUGUCUUGUUUGGGAUAUGUGGGGUGCUGCAUGCCGUGCUGGUGUACGCGCAAGACUUUGAAGCGUGGAAGGUGCGCAUUGCGUUGAGCGACUACCAAGUGAGCUUGGACCGGUGCGAAAGAGAGAUUCAGCGUGUGACGUGGCAGCUGGAGACGAUGGCUAGAGACCCAGUGGACCAAUCACACGAGUGGACGCAAGACCACGCGGCAGCCAAAGCCAUCUCAACGGCGUGGCAAGCCAUUCACGACCAAGUCGAUAUCCAGCCAAAAUAGUGUCUAGCGUUCAAUAAUAUACCAUUAUACCAACCACAUAAUACC